AAAAUUAAGAAGUAUUAGGAUAAAUUCAAACAGUAGGACGCGGUCAGAAAUUCAUAUCGUAUGAUAACAUCGCCUCAUAUGAAGAUAAAACAGAAGUCACAAUGGCAUUAACAAGAUUUCAGGUGUCAGUCCUUUCAGCAUGUUUAGCAUUUCCCAUUCUACUGUUGAUGAAAGUGAUUGGUGGAGUAGACAAUGCAGCAGCAAUACUUGUAGUAGGCAUCGUGUCCCUGCUUGUCGUUUUCCUGGUACCUCGGUUAUACUUCAGUGACGGUCCACCAAAACAUGACCCUUUUUACAAUGUUUGGAGUAUUUUCCUUUUUGCUUCUUUAGUGGAUACCACUAUUGCAUUAGAGAAUGAUGGCUACAUUGGGAAAUACAUGCAUUUCUACCUCCUGCAGGGAGAACCUUAUCUGAAAACUCCUUUUGGAACUAUGAUCAACUACUGGGAUGGUACCAUACACUUUGCUUUGGUUUUAUUUAUUCUGUCAAGGAAAAGUUAUGAUGAAGAAUAUAGACUUGCUUGUUUGUACUGGUGUGGUUCUAUAAUAAACAGUGUAGCUGUACUGGUACCUGGAGGAGCUAUAGGGAAAUAUGGUCCAAAAUGGUCUAUUCUCCUAAAUGUGCCUUAUAUAGUUAUACCAUUAUACAUCCUAUUCAAAGUAUUGAGUUCUCAUUCGGCGAGCAGGAGAAAUUUAUUAACAUCAAUAGGGACCAGAGUGAAAAAGGGACCAGUAGAAAUGCUAUUUAUUCUUUUCUUUGCAACUUGCAUUGUGGUUAAUGCAUUCAGAGCUGCUGUAACCUUAGGCUGUAAACAUGAUAUGACAAAGAACUACCUCAAAGACUUUGAACCCUUCUUAGCUGAAGAUACAUCUUUUCCUAAGAUGCAGAUGUUGGUUUACCUAUUUUACUUCUUGCCUUAUUAUGUGUAUGCCAUCUAUAGACUAUUGUAUCCAGGACCAACUAAUGGUUUGAUGAAAGAUUUGGCUGUAUUUCAUGCUGGGGCUGCUGCACAGGCCCAAUUUGUGUACCUGACAACAGCACACCAUAGUAGGACAGCAGCUAAUUAUCGUAUCCCAUCUACACCAGCAGCCCAGUAUUGUUUCUUGAUUAUCAACAUUGCUUUACUUGUUGUACCACAACUGUUUGCCUACAGAUGUAUAGCAGGACCUAAGAGAACAGAGAAAAUUACAGAUGAAUCAGUCAAGGAAGAUAACUCUUCAAGUCAAUCAUCAUACAAUCUUAGAAAUAGAAAAAAGUGAACACAAAUGAAUUAUAUCAUAUAUAGAA